AUGGAGGAAACGGAAACCAAGCUCUGGAGCAGUGACAAAGAGGAAGCUUUCAAAAGAGAACUGCCAUAUUGUACAGGAGAAAUAGACUUCACAGCUUCUGGGAAGAAACGUGGGAAGUUUAUUAAGGUCCCAAGUACCAUUCAUCCUGGAAUUAUAUUCGAAGUUAUGCUCAACAAAUGGAAGCUACCUGCUCCCAAUUUGGUUGUCUCUCUAGCAGUGGAAGAAGAAAAUCUCCAGAUUAAACCUUGGCUACGGGACACCUUAAAAAAAGGACUUAUAAAGGCAGCUCAAAGCACAGGUGCCUGGAUUUUUACCAGUGCUUUACGUGUGGGAAUAACAAGACACUUAGUACAAGCAGUCCGAGACCAUGCGCUGGCUAGUACCUCAUCCAAAGUAAAAGUGAUUGCCAUAGGAAUAACUUCACUCAGAAAAAUUCAGCACAGAGAAAUUCUGGACAACACAAAGAAUGAGAGUCUUGUACACUACCAAUCAGAUGAUAAUAUCCAAGGCCCGCUUUAUUCCCUGGACCACAACCAUUCCCAUUUUAUUUUGGUGGAUCAUGUAACACCAGAUGAGGCAGAUGGAACCAUUAAGCUACGUCUCACCUUGGAAAAGCACAUUUCAGAACAGCGUACUGGAUAUGAUGGAACAGGUAGCAUCGAGAUCCCUGUUCUUUGCUUACUGGUAAAUGGAGGACCAGGCACACUGGAGAGAAUUUGCAGCGGUUUGGAAAAUUCUGCUCCCUGGCUUAUCCUAGCAGGGUCUGGAGGCACAGCUGACAUCUUAGCUGCAUUCAUGAACGACCCGCAGCUUAUCACACCAGAAGCUGUUGAAAAGCAAUUUAAGGAGAAAUUCCCUGCAGAAAGCUUCUUGUGGAAGGACAUUCUCCAGUGGACAGCAACAAUUCAGAACAUUAUUUCACACCAGCAUCUUCUAACUCUGCACAACUUCGAGCAAGAUGGUGCAGAAGAACUAGACACAGUCAUUUUAAAAGCUUUAGUAAAAGCCUGUAAAAGUCACAGUCAGGAGGCUCAGGAAUAUCUGGAUGAACUGAAGCUGGCAGUGGCCUGGAAUAGAGUGGACAUAGCUAAAAGCGAAAUAUUCAAUGGUGACGUGGAGUGGAAGUCCUGUGACCUGGAAGACGUGAUGAUGGACGCUCUGGUCAACGACAAACCAGAAUUUGUAAAAUUAUUUAUUGACAAUGGGGCUAACAUCUCUGAAUUCCUGACAUAUAGUCGUCUGCAGAGACUCUACUGUUCCAUUUCUCAGAAAUGUCUCCUCUAUGAGCUUCUACUGAAGAAACAUGAAGAAAGCAAGCUGACCUUGGCAGGGCUCACUGGUCAACAGCAUAAGGAGCAGGACAUCUGCCCACACUUCACUCUCAGUGAGGUCUCUAGAGUUCUCAAGGAUUUUCUCCAUGAAGCAUGUAAAGGUUUCUAUCAAGACCACAGACAUGGAGGCAAGAAGAAAUCUGAUAAAAUGAAUACAAAGCAAUUACCUGGGCCCUUGGAUAUGAACCAGAAAAGUGAAAAUCCUUGGAGGGAUUUGUUUGUAUGGGCAGUACUUCAAAACCGGCACAAGAUGGCAAACUAUUUCUGGGCUAUGGGUCAGGAGGGUGUAGCUUCAGCUCUGGCAGCCUGCAAGAUCCUUAAAGAGAUGUCCCGCCUGGAGACAGAGACUGAAGGAGCACGUAUAAUGAAAGAGGCCAAGUAUGAGCAGCUCGCUGUUGAACUGUUCAGUGAAUGCUACCACAACAGCGAGGAGAGAGCCUUUGCACUGUUGGUGAGGAAAAAUCAGUGCUGGAGCAAAACCACCUGCCUUCAGCUGGCUACAGAAGCGGACGCAAAGUCUUUCUUUGCACAUGAUGGUGUCCAGGCCUUCCUGACAAAAAUAUGGUGGGGAGACAUGUCUACAAGCACACAGAUCCUGAAGUUAAUCUGUGGAUUCUGGUGUCCUUUGCUAAUCUACACAAAUUUAAUAGCAUUCAGUGAGGAAGAACAAUCAAAGAAUGAGCCAGAGCCAUUCAGAGAGCUGGACAGUUUAGAUACAGAGAGGACUCUCUUUUUUUCCAAGGAAGAAGAUAGAGGAAAUGGUAAAUUAGAAGAGCAGAGCCCUUCUGAAAACACAGCGUGGGUGACAUUCAUGUUUACUCGGUGGAAAAAAUUCUGGAGUGCCCCUGUAACUGUAUUUAUAGGGAAUGUUAUAAUGUACUUUGCUUUUCUGAUUCUAUUUACUUAUGUCCUUUUACUGGACUUUAAACCACCUCCACCUGAGGGUCCAUCUGCUAAAGAAAUUAUCCUUUACUUCUGGGUUUUUACCCUGGUCUUGGAAGAAAUCCGACAGAGUUUCUAUACAGAUGAAGACACAAAUUUAGUGAAAAAAUUUAAACUGUAUAUGGAGGAUAACUGGAAUAAAUGUGAUAUGGUGACCAUCUUCCUCUUCAUCAUUGGGGUAACCUGCAGGAUGCUGAACUCGACUUUUCAAGCUGGCCGUACAAUACUUGCCAUUGAUUUUAUGGUGUUUACACUUAGACUUAUACAUAUUUUUGCAAUUCACAAACAACUUGGACCAAAGAUCAUAAUUGUGGAAAGGAUGAUGAAGGAUGUUUUCUUCUUUCUAUUUUUCUUGAGUGUGUGGCUCAUUGCCUACGGUGUGACAACUCAAGCUCUGCUUCAUCCUGAUGACAGCCGAGUGGAAUGGAUAUUCAGAAGGGUGCUUUAUCGUCCGUACCUUCAGAUAUUUGGCCAGAUUCCACUGGAUGAAAUAGACACAUCACGAAUGUAUCCCAGGAACUGUACAUUGAAUCCACUGCAGAUUCUGCAGGAGAACUCGCCAUCAUGUCCUAACAGCUAUGCCAACUGGCUUGUCAUACUUCUGUUGGUCAUCUUCCUACUAGUCACCAACGUUCUCCUUAUGAACCUCCUGAUUGCUAUGUUCAGUUACACUUUUCAAGUUGUUCAGGGCAAUGCAGACAUUUUCUGGAAAAUUCAGCGCUACAACCUGAUUGUAGAAUAUCACGGCCGGCCUGCCUUAGCACCACCAUUUAUCAUUAUUAACCACAUAACUCUGGUUCUCAGAAGAAUCUUCAACAAAAUGGAACGUAAAAAAGAACAUCUGGAACGAGAUCUUCCAGUUGGCCUAGAUCAAAAAAUCAUAACAUGGGAGCUGGUGCAAAAAGAAAACUACCUUGUAAACCUUGAACAAGAAAGGAAAGAAAGCAAUGAAGAAAGGCUGAAGGCCACAUCUAAUAAGGUGGAUAAUUUGUCUAAAUAUUUUAGUGGUUUGAAAGAACAAGAAAAGAGGUUUGAAGUUAUGGAAGCCCAGAUUUGCUACUGUACAGCUGUUAUCUCCUCAAUGGCAGAGGUUUUAACUAAAACCAACCUCUUGUGCAACCAACCAGCUCCAAACUAUACCCGUGUGAUGAACGCCAACGCAGAAUUGCCUUUGCCAGAAAGAAGUGGAAGAGAAGAGCGUGCAGAUCAGUCCAAGACUAACAUCACAUACAGUAAUAAUUAA